AUGAAUGAUACCAUAUAUGUAUCCAACACCACCAAAAUUGAAAUAGACGGCGCGUGGUGGGAAAGCAAUCUAUUUGGAUAUUCAGAGGUGGGAUUAACCACAAAUGUAAGAGAGGACAAUAUCUACGCCUCUACGACCAACGGUGGUGCGCCCAGGGUUAAAGUCCUAGAAUACGUCGUCUGGCAAGUCCAUAUGUUCUCCCUCGCACCGAAAUUGAAGUUCAACUACACGAUAGACGUCCCCAUAGCUGGCCUUGGUCAUCCAGUGAGUUUUGAAUCGAACGGGACUAUGUCGUUGAAUAACACUUUCCUUUCUGCCUUAGAUCACUAUGGCCAUCCGGGCCAAUAUGGUAAGGAGGCCCCAUUCCCUAGUCUAAUUGAACCACCUCCAAAAGGCAUACAGCCUAUAGCAUUGCCGGUUGGCGUUCGAUGUGUUCGAACCUCUGCAUUUGGCUACGCAGACGUUUCUGCGCAGGGGACAUACCAUUCCUUCACCGAAAGUAUCGUUCCACGCUCUCCUCUCGGGAACUUUGGUUCUAUUUUAUUUGGUGAACUCAGCGACUGGUUCCUCUUGGGACAGUACCUCGAUCAUUUUAGAUCCACCCAUUCUCCGUUUCCUGUCUCUAAGAGCGUGAACUCGUACUUCACCAAUUACAUCCAGGCAAGCACACUUCUUCAAUCGAUCUCACAAGCCCACGCCGUUGACGCCCUACAACUGAUGUAUGACGGCGCUUCAUACUCUAAUAGCAAGACAUACUACCUUGCCAAUGCAACAUCUUCACGGAAGGACAAGGUCAUCGUCGAGGGCAUGGUCCCUCUGACACUGCCUGCAGUGUUAUUGGUCAUCUGGGCCACGGGCAGCGCGAUACUGGGUCUUCUUUACGGAUUUCGACGGCGGUGGUCAGAAGUGUUGGACGGGUAUAGCAUCUUCUCGUUCGGGGUGGACUGUGCGGAAGCGAUGCGUGACCGGCACCAAUACUCCGGCACGGGGGGAGGGCUCAACCGGUGUGAUGCCCUACGCUCGAUACCCGGCCUUGUGGGCGAUUCUCGUCCGCGAGACGAGGUCGGUCAUAUCAGCCUGGUGGAGAGAGGGAACCUGGCAGACAGGGAGAAGCCGUAUGUUUAA